GUGAUUUGGAUUGUAAAAUAAAUGAAUGUGUGAAGAAUAAACAGCAGCUGGAUUCUAAGUUGAUAAUGGACUGGUUUGUUCAACUUUUGUUAGCAGUCCAUUACAUGCAUCAGAGGCGUGUUCUCCAUAGGGAUCUAAAAACCAGAAAUAUUUUUCUUCGACAAAAUAUGAUUAAGAUAGGAGAUUUUGGAAUAUCACGAAUCUUGAUGGGUACCACAGAUUUAGCGUCAACUUUCACAGGAACUCCUUAUUAUAUGAGUCCAGAAGUGUUAAAGCAUGAAGGAUAUAAUUCUAAAUCAGACAUUUGGUCUAUAGGUUGUAUACUAUAUGAGAUGUGUACACUGGAGCAUGCCUUUGAUGGGAAGAGUCUGAUGGCAGUAAUGUAUAAGAUUGUAGAGGGAGAGGUCCCAAAACUACCUGAUAAGUUUGCAGAACUAAACAACGUAUUAAAACUAAUGUUGUCUAAAGAUCCUGAUAAAAGACCUUCAGCUACAGACUUGUUAAAAGUUCCUAUGAUCAAGAACCAUAUUGCGAAACUGUCAAAAGAAUUUCAUGCCAAAAGUCAAGAAAACAGUAGCAGAGAUGCUGAAGAUAUUGCAAAGUUACUCACGGAAAAGUCUUACUUAAGUGACUUAAAGUCCAGGGAGGAGGAGGUGAAAUUAAAAAACUUGCCCCCCAGAGAAAGAAUGAGAUUAAGGAAACUCCAGCAAGCUGAUAUGGAGGCUAAAAGGCUCAGAGAGGUGGCAAAAGUGCAAUUAAAAGAAAAUCAGGAAAGAAACUCCAGAAUACAGAGUACUCUCCAUAAAUCCAGUGUGCCUGCAUGGGCUGGGGGAUCCGGUGAGGGGGAGAUGUUUAAAGCAGCCCUGACAGUGAAGGGAGGGCCUACUAUAGCAGCUGAAGGUCAGAAGAGUCGGUUUGGGUCCCGCACUGCACCCAUUUUGAUUAACGAAGAUGACGAAGAAAGUGAUGAUGAUGCUGACAUAGUCAUGCCCCUUUCCAAAACAUUGACUGUCCCCCGAUCAGUUAGUAAUCCUGAUGAACGACCUAUAACCCCCCUCAAAGAUAAAAUGAUUUAUGACAUCAGAAAUUCUUCACUAGAUUUUAAAGAUGGAAUACCAGAGAACCCUGAACUUGCUGACACCUACUACUCACAGUUUGAUAAUGAUUUCUCUGGAGACGAUUCUGAAUCGGAUGAAGCUGGAGAAACUGUCAUAGAGAGGACAGUAAAAGCCAAUAAAUCUAAGGCAUCUCCUUAUCAGGGUACAGAAAAAUCUAGGGCAUCUUCAAAUCUGGGGACUCUUGUUGAUGAUGAGGACCAGUUAUACAAUAUUAUGCAGGAUGUGUUAGCCAAAGGCGAUGAUGCAGAGUCUACAAUGUCUUUGGCAGAUGACAAGGCAGCUGGUGCAUUUGGACCUGUUGUGCGGGAACAAAAAAUCAAAAACCUGACAAAGGAGUGUAAGAGGAUCUUGGGCGAGGAGGCGUUCCAGAAGGCGUAUGAUUACCUGAAACAGGCACGGUACCUGAAGACUUCCUCAGUGGACUCAGAGGAAACCAUCAUGCAGGGUCUGCGAGAAUUUGUCAAGAACCCCAGUGACUGCUUCCUCGUGGACCAGCUUCUCUUUCUGGAGGAGCAGGCUAAAAUCCCAUUCUGACCCACAGGAUCUCAAAUUCUCACUCUGCAAUGUGUGAUUUUUAACUGAGGCCAAUUCAACUGUCUUCUUGAUCACUGUCUUAAAAGUAUUCACUAUUGUGAAUUUAUCUGAAACAUGGGUUGCCAGAGUGGUAUCAAGAGAAAUGAAUGUUAUACAUUUAUUCUUGCAUCUGUGGAAAAACCAUCUUCCAGACAUCUGGAAAUGACUAUUUAUCAAGAACUUAAGAAGAAAUGUGGUUAUUAACUGUCAUCAGAUGGAGAAAUAGAUGAUGUAGCCGUCCAGAAUGACCUUUGAGUAUGAUGUAACCGUCCAGAAUUACAUUUCAAGCUGUGUCUUGACUCCAUGCAGCUCACAAUAUUAUUGUUUUUAAGUGCUUCAGUUUUAUAUGUACCUGUUCAUUGUUCAAACUAUGUUUGAGCAUCUUUCAUCUGUGAUAUGACACAUAAGAAAGCCAUACAUUCCAAGUGUGUAACAAACUGACAAACCCAUUGUAAACAAACCAUAAUAUUAUAACAGAGUGUAUAAAAGGAUGCAACAAACUGACAACUGACAAACCAAUUGUAAACAAACCAUACAUAUUAUCUAUGAUAUAUUACAGAGUGUAUAAAUGUGUACAAACAAACUGACAAAGCAUUGUAAACAAACAAUAAGUAUUAUCUAUGAUACAUGUACACUGUAUUACAGAGUGUAUAAAUGUGUGUGCUGCUGAGGCGUGUUUUUCUCUUGCAUAAUGUCCAACUACUGCUGGCUUUGUCCUACAAGAUUGUAUGUUAGUGACAGAUAGUAGAGGAGGUUGUGAAUUCUUAGAUUACCAUAUACAUUAUAUCCUCCAUAAACCUUUUAUUUUUUCUGUUGAGCUUUUGUAUUCAUCAUUCUUAUAACAAGCUUUUUUGUCUUAUUUAUACACCUAUUUUCCCAGUGUUAAUGUUUUUGCCAAGUUACAAUACUAUUUUUAUAUUUACAGUGUAAGCUCAUUCAUUUCUGUCUCAUUUAUUGUGUUCAUUCUAAUCACCAUGCAAUAAUGUUUCCUGUCUAGACUCAUGAAUAUAAUCAUUAAUUUAAUCAAAAUUUUGCUGUAUGAUUAUACAGAAAAACAGAAAGUUGCAGGGUUUGAACUUAAUAAAAUCAUGGUAUAAAUGAAUCCAAUGCAGUAUAUAUUUUUUGUGAAGAAUUUUAUUAUGUUAGAAGGAGGCAUUAAGAAACAAUAUUUUUCAGUAAAUAUGGUGAUGUCCCACUAAAUGAUAUAUAUAUAGCUGCAAACCAUAUGUUCAUGUAACCAUAUUCAAUGAAACAAAGUUGUUUAUUAUUGUAUACCAUACAGCAGGUUUGUUAAGCAGGUAUAAAAUUCAGUUUGCU